AUGGCAGGGCAGGCAUUUAGAAAGUUUUUCCCCCCUUUGGCUGAAUUUUAGUUUUAAAGGAGUGCAGCUAAAACUGUAACCAAAAGAGGUAUCAUGCUUCCACAAAAAUAUCAAGGAAAAAUGUUGCAAGCAACAGUAGGAGCUGUUGGAUCAGGCUCUAAUGGAAAAGGUGGUGAGAUUCAACUAAUUAGUAUGAAAGUUGUAGAUAAAGUUCUUCUCCCAGAAUGUGGAGGCACCAAAGUAGUUCUAAAUGACAAAGACUCUUUCUUAUUUAGAAAUGAUGAGAUUCUUGGAAAGUAUGUGAACUGA